CAAUUGUACUUCCAGUUGCUGGUGGACUCCAUCAAGCAAUGUCUUGGAUAUCCAGUGAAAAUGGAACAGAGUUUGAAGAGCUGGAAGAUACGUUCCAUGAUGAUGGAGUUUCUGCUAUCACCUAUGAAUCAGACACAGAAAAGAAAGUAAAGAAGAAAAAAGCCAUCAAACCCCCCAGGUCACAAAACUCCCCCUAUCUCUCCAGUACCAAGCUGCACCCAAAAAAGGCACCAGUAUGGAGGUCCUUGAAAGGAACAGGUCAGAUGCACACUGAGAACCCAAUGGCCAAGGUGCCCAGACAGCUGUGGCUGGCAUCACUUAAACAAGACAAUAGCCUUACUCAGCCCCUAAAAUCAGACACUGAUAUUGGGCAGGCCUGGGUGAACCCUGGCAGCGGUACACCAGAGUAUCUCAAGGAAGCUUUCGGGAUGAAGAAGCCUAAACACGCCCGCUCCUCUAGUAACGGUUACAUCCCAGGAACACCAGACUUUAAAGAGAAAGAGGACAUGUAUGAUGAGAUCUUAGAUCUGAAGAAGACUUUACAAGCACAAAAAUCUGAGAAUGACAUCAUGAAAACAAAACUCCGGAGGCUAGAAGAAGAGAAUACCCGAAAAGAUCGUCAGAUAGAACAGCUGCUUGACCCCUCCAGAAGCUCAGAUUUUACUCGGAGUUUGGUGGAUAAAAGAAGUGACAACAGUUUGCUAGUGAAUAACCUCAAACAGAAGGUUCUGAAGCUGGAAAAGCAGUGUAAGGAGAAGGAAAGUGCUCUCAGCAAACUGCAGACAGAGCUUAAAACAACUAGUGUGGAAGAGAUGAGAAUAGCUAUGGAGACCUACUAUGAAGAGAUUCAGCGGCUACAGCUACUGUUGGCUAAAGCUGAGACACAAGAAAAAAAAACUCCUGCAGAGAGUAGAGAGUCCGAGAAGAGACAGAAAGCCAUGAAUAUGGCUCUACUCAAACUGUCCAAACAGGUGAAGGAACUGCAGGAGGAGAACAAGAGUCUGAAGGCGGACCUGGACAGGGCCAUGGCCCAGUCACCUACCUCAACCAGAACGAAAGGGUACAAUGAAUGGAGUAAACAGAGGUUGGUGAGGAAAAUCUCAGAGCUGGAAAAGAAACUAGAAAUAGCAGAGAAGUCCAAUCCAUCUGCUCCAGAACUGGACAAAUCCACUCGACCUGGUGCUAUUCCAAAUGUUGAUGAGGUAGAUGGACCAACACCCAAACUUCAUGAAGAAUGUGAGAGGCUGCGGAACAUACUGAAGAAAGUAAAGGAAGAUCGAUCUGCGUUACAGGAGAGGCUUGCCGCUAAGGAAUCAGACAUCAGAAAACUGCAACAAGAAAAGACAGACAUAGAGGGGAAGCUGCAAAGGUUGCAGGACAGGAAAGACGAGAGAGAAGAAAUUAAUCGACUUAAUCAAAAGAUUAAAAGGUUGGAGGCUGAACUGGAGGAUGAGAAAAGGGAGAAAGAAGCUGCUUUAGGGACUGUGAAAAAGGCCCAAAGUGAGUUAACAGGGUCACGUCCAAGCUCUGCAAGAAGCACACCCAGUGUGACAUCCCGAGGGGGGUCCUCUGGUUCCCCUGGAGGAAGAGACAAGCAAAGGCAGCAAGAAGCAGCGCAAGUGAUCCAGAAGAACUGGAGACAAUAUAAAAACAGGAAAGAAGAGGGCCAUGACCUGGAGGAUGAGACUGUGUUCCUCCAGGCAGCUUUGCGGGGUCACCUAGCCAGGCAGACAAUGGUAUCGCCCCUGUCUUCAACUCCUCGUGUAAAGUCACCAAGAACAAAUAGUCUGAGCCGCCAGGACAGCGCGGCAUCUGACAGUAAACUUUUACAAGACCCUAGCAAGGAAGAAGAGGAUCAUGUGACUCUACUGCAGUCCACAUUCAGAGCACAUCUGACACGCACAAAAGUGCUGGGCCAAAGAUCAAGUGAACUGAAAGGCAGAGAAAGCCCGAUGAGGAAAGAAAGCCCAAUCAGGAAAUCUCCAAGAGAAAACACAAGAUCUCCUGUAUCCAGGAAACCUUCCAAUCAAAAUGCCCAAAAUUUACUAGACAGUGACCGCAGUGAAGAGGUGAUUGAGGACUAUAUUGAGGAGCUGCCAUCUGAAGAGGAAGAUGACAGAGCUGCUAAGAGACCGCCGUCUCGUGGUUCCUUAUCAAAGCUGCAAUCAGGUAGAUAA